GACAGAAUCCUGCUGCGCGGCCUAGUCUUUCACGGCUACCAUGGGGUGUACCCAGAGGAGAACAAGCUGGGGCAGAAGUUUGUGGUGGAUGCCACGCUGCUGGCAGACCUGUCCCAUGCGGGGCGCAGCGACGACCUGCGCCGCACCGUCAACUAUGCACAAGUGUACGAGGACAUCCGUGGGAUUGUGGAGGGCCCGCCGCAGCAGCUGAUCGAGGUGGUGGCUGAGCGGAUUGCGGGCAAGGUGCUGAGGGAGCACCCCGGGGUGGCCGCCGUCACCGUCGGCGUCAGCAAGCCGCACGUGGCCGUCAGCGGCGUGGUGCAGUCGCUUGGCGUGGAGGUGACGCGGCGGCGGCAGGUG